AUGGCGUCCCUCUGGCCGUUCGGUGGGCCAUCGAGCCGGGCUCAAGGUGGUGUUCUUUCUAAAGAUGCCGCGCCAAGCUAUGACGACUUGCGCACAUGCGCAAGCGCAACGAUCCCACCGCUCAUCAUCUGUGAGGGCUUCCUGAGCGCAGCACAGAGUGUGGUAUGGGGCAACGAAUUCCGCACAUAUCUCGGCGUGGGUCACCAACAGUUUGUUGACCAGAUGCUGUCGCGCUCAUCAGCUCAACGCGAACCACGGGAUCAUGGUCGAAAACGGCGUUCGGGACUUGGUUCAGAUCGGUCGGUUAUCUUUGCACCCAUCGGACCGGUUUCUAGUCUGCACGAUCGAGCGUGUGAACUGUUUUAUGCUCUUCGAGGCGGAACGGUCGACUAUGGCGAACAGCACUCUCGCCAACACGGACACUCACGCUUUGGUCGACCUUACCACCAAGGCUUGUGUCCGCGCUGGGGUCUUGGUUCGAACACGCAUACUGGCUUACCUGCCCACUUUAUCGGCCACAGUUUGGGCGGACCGACGAUUCUCAAAUUGCAACAGCUUCUAAGACAGGGAUUCUUCGACCACGCUCUCGGCCUUCCCUCACAGUCAGAAUGGAAAGCGCAAGAUCUCAUCUUAUCCAUCACCUCUGUCUCGUCGCCUUUUCGCGGAACCCCGCUAGUCUAUAGUCUGGGCUCGGAGCCUUUGCCGUAUCCGAAAGUACGCAUGUUUUCGUUUGGUGAUGUGCUAUCCAAGCUUGUCCACAUUGCGGCGUAUUUGGAUCUUCCGUUCUUCGAUGCACAUGCGGAUGCGUGGCAUUUUUCGGCGAAGCGGAGAAGGGCGAUCAAACGGUCGCAACUGGCGGGUGGAAGCGUUGUUGGCGAGGAAUCGACCAAGCGGAAAGCGGAAGACGUGCAAGCAGGGGUUGCGGUGCAUCACUUGGGCGUAGAGCAGACAGCGGGAGUGAAAGACUUUUUGAAACAACUGUGGAAGAGCGACUGGGCAGGCGGUCGAGACUGUGCACCUUGGGACUGCACGUUUGCAGAACGUGAUCUGGAUCGGGCCUCGGACCAGUGGGGCGUGGAGGUGAACGUGGUCAAGCGGAAACGGAAGACUUGGUAUCGAUCGUAUGCUGGAGGCAUGACCGUCGCGGACGAUUGCGAUCAAGCGCGACCGCGUUUCCACCGACCCGAAACGUACUGGUCGCUAUCACCGCUCACCUACACUGCGCAUCGCAUCGGUCAUUUCGACUACUCGCGUCUACAGCCGUGCCCAAGCUUCCUUUCGAGCGCAGACGAUAAGCAUUCACGCUCAGCCAUGGAAAGUCUGGACUCAAAAUGGUGGGCAAACGACGGCGUGGUACCACUAGCAUCGCAGUUUCAUCCGUUCGAUUGCGAUAGACAGACAUGCAGACAUUUCCAUGGCAUGUCGGCAAGUCUGCCGUUCGGGACAAGGAGCCAACGAGCUGAAUCCGUCAUACAGCCCAACGAGACCACUCCUGAUUCGACCAGCACUCGCAUUUCGACAUCAAACUCAUCACCCACUUGGCCCUCAGGCACGUUGGUCAACGUGCACGACGACAACCAAAUGUGCAACAUGGACCGUGACGCUUUCGAGAGCUGCGUGUUACCACCACCAGCAACUCAUUCGCAUUCCAAGACAAACCGGUCCAUGAUCGGCUCUGCUCGUUCAGCUAUCAGAAUCGCCUAUUUCACCUCACUCCGCGCUAUCAACCUGCAUGAUCCACCACUCGUCACUCCGAGUGAAGAAGAACUUGGCUCAUUUCUCCGCGAUCUUGCACGCGAUCCCGAACUUGGCUCUGCGCCAUCCGCGUCGCGUCCAGCGCCGCCUGAACGACAAGAGCAUGACAGAGAGCUGCAACGUCAUCUGCUCGAUCCUGCAGACAACCAGUGGUACACAUUCGAGAUUGACAAUCUGGACCAUACCUCGUUGUGCCCUUUCUGGACGGGCAGCGAGGUGCAAAAGCAAUUCUGGACGGGGAUCGGAUUAUUUUUGGCAUCGGUUGAUAGAAAGGCUGGCUUUCCGGUCGAGCAACAAGACGAAAGCGUACUUUCGGCCUAG